AUGUCGAAUUUGUCAAAGCUUGAGUUUGUGGCACUUGACAUUUCUAGAAAGAAUUACCUAUCAUGGGUUCUCGAUGCUGAGAUUCACUUAGCCGCUAAAGGCCUUGGUAACACCAUUACUCAGGGUUUGAAGGUUGAAUAUUUAACAGUGAAAGAUACACUUGAAUUGUGGACUGGCUUGAAGGAAAGGUAUGAUCACCUUAAGGCUACGGUAUUGCCAAGGGCUCGAUAUGAGUGGAUGCACUUACGGUUGCAAGAUUUUAAGACACAGCAAUACCGUGAAAGGGGUUUUAAAAAGUAUUCUAAAUUGAUCUCAUGCCUUCUGGUGGCUGAGCAACAUAAUACCCUUUUGCUGAAAAAUCAUGAAGCCCGUCCCACAGGGUCAGCUCCGCUUCCUGAAGCGAAUAUGGCAGCUAGACGUGAUAAGUCUGGAAAAAGAUAG